AUGCACGUGAACGGCAAAGUUGCGCUGGUGACGGGCGCGGCCCAAGGGAUCGGCAGAGCCUCUGCAGAAGCGCUGCUGCAGAAGGGCGCCAAGGUAGCGCUGGUGGACUGGAAUCUGGAAGCGGGUAUCAAGUGUAAAGCUGCUUUCGAUGAACUGUUUGAUGCUCAGAAAACCCUCUUCAUCCAGUGUGAUGUCGCUGACCAGGCACAACUGAGAGAUACGUUUAAAAAAGUCGUAGAUCACUUUGGAAGACUGGACAUUUUGGUCAAUAAUGCUGGAGUGAAUAAUGAGAAACAAUGGGAAAAAACGCUGCAGAUUAAUUUGGUUUCUGUUAUCAGUGGAACCUAUCUUGGCUUGGAUUACAUGAGCAAGCAAAAUGGCGGUGAAGGUGGUAUCAUAAUUAAUAUGUCAUCUUUAGCAGGACUCAUGCCUGUGGCACAGCAGCCUGUGUACUGUGCUUCAAAGCACGGAAUCAUUGGAUUCACACGAUCAGCCGCGAUGGCUGCUAAUCUCAUGAACAGCGGUGUGAGAAUGAAUGCCAUUUGCCCUGGCUUUGUAAAUACUCCCAUCCUGGAAUCCAUUGAAAAAGAAGAAAACAUGGGCCAGUAUAUUGAAUACACUGAUCAUAUCAAGGAUAUGAUGAAAUACUAUGGAAUUUUGGACCCAUCAAUCAUUGCUAAUGGGUUAAUAACCCUCAUCGAAGAUGAUGCUUUCCAUGGUGCCAUUAUGAAGAUCACAGUGUCUAAAGGAAUUCAUUUUCAAGACUAUGAUACAACUCCAUUUCAUGGAAAAGCUCAGUGAACAUCUUUUAUAUACUGUAUCACAUAUAUAUCUGAAAACAAACAAAUAACUUAUAUUCAGGUCAGAUUUUAUUUGAAUAUAGGUCUUUAAGUGAAAUAUCAUCAUUUGAAGCUUUUCUUUAAGAUGAGAACUAGAAAAAUGACCUUCAUGAACUUAUUAGCAUGUUAAUAUUAAGCAUAGAGGCAAAAAUAUGAUUUAUCAAAAAUACAAUGUGGAAUAAAGCUAGGCUGUGAUCUAUAAACUCUGAAGAACAUUCAAGUAAUAUUCUGACUUUCAGAAAAUGUAUUUAAAUCUGUGAUCCAUAAAUAUUAUUUUCAGACAUCAUUUUGAAAUAGCUACUUGAACUGCUCUUUAAAUCAAAUCUGAUGUAAAAAGAUUCGUUUUGUCUCUAUGUUUGUGCUUUAGAAGGAAGCUACCUAACAUGGCAAAUGUUUAGAAGGAAUCAUUUUUACCAUUAUGCCAUCUAUUAGCUGAACACCUCUAUCCUUGAAAUGUGCUGUGAUAUUUGGUCCACUUGUAAACUAAUGAAUAAAUUACAAUGUGAAUAUUUUCCAAAUGAAAAAUAUGAUGUAUAGAAAAAUUACCCCAAGUAACUGGCUGAGAAUGCUAUUUCACAGUUCAGUAUCCCACCAAACAAAAG